GGGAAGAGAACAGAGCCCAAGGAGGGGCUGAGAAGAGGGAGGAGGAGGAAGAGGAAAAGGCCGGGCGGCGGAGGCUGUAGGCGGCGGCUGUAGGUUGUGCGGCGGCAGCAGCGGCGGCUCUCUUCCGGGCGGACGAUGGACAGCCAGGGCAGGAAGGUGGUGGUGUGCGACAACGGCACGGGGUUUGUGAAGUGUGGCUAUGCGGGCUCUAACUUUCCAGAACACAUCUUCCCAGCUUUGGUUGGAAGACCUAUUAUCAGAUCAACCACCAAAGUGGGAAACAUUGAAAUCAAGAAUAACAAAAAGAUGGAUCUUAUGGUUGGUGAUGAGGCGAGUGAAUUACGUUCAAUGUUAGAAGUUAACUACCCUAUGGAAAAUGGCAUAGUACGAAAUUGGGAUGACAUGAAACACCUGUGGGACUAUACAUUUGGACCAGAGAAACUUAACAUAGAUACCAGAAAUUGUAAAAUCUUACUCACAGAGCCUCCUAUGAACCCAACCAAAAACAGAGAGAAGAUUGUAGAGGUGAUGUUUGAAACUUACCAGUUUUCUGGUGUGUAUGUAGCUAUCCAGGCAGUUCUGACUUUGUAUGCUCAAGGUUUAUUGACCGGAGUAGUAGUGGAUUCUGGAGAUGGUGUAACUCACAUCUGCCCAGUGUAUGAAGGCUUUUCUCUCCCUCACCUUACCAGGAGACUGGAUAUUGCCGGGAGGGAUAUUACUAGAUAUCUAAUCAAGUUGCUGCUGUUGCGAGGAUAUGCCUUCAACCAUUCUGCUGAUUUUGAAACAGUUCGCAUGAUUAAAGAAAAACUGUGUUACGUGGGCUAUAAUAUUGAGCAAGAGCAGAAACUGGCCCUGGAAACAACAGUAUUAGUUGAAUCUUACACACUCCCAGAUGGCCGCAUUAUCAAAGUUGGGGGAGAGAGAUUUGAAGCACCAGAAGCUUUAUUCCAGCCUCACUUGAUCAAUGUUGAGGGAGUGGGUGUUGCUGAAUUGCUUUUUAACACAAUCCAGGCUGCUGACAUUGAUACCAGAUCUGAAUUCUAUAAGCACAUUGUGCUUUCUGGAGGAUCUACUAUGUAUCCUGGGCUGCCAUCACGGUUGGAGCGAGAACUUAAGCAGCUUUACUUAGAACGAGUUUUAAAGGGAGAUGUGGAAAAACUUUCUAAAUUUAAGAUUCGCAUUGAAGACCCACCCCGCAGAAAGCACAUGGUGUUCCUGGGGGGUGCAGUCCUAGCAGAUAUCAUGAAAGACAAAGACAACUUCUGGAUGACCCGACAAGAAUACCAAGAAAAGGGGGUCCGUGUGCUGGAGAAACUUGGUGUGACUGUUCGAUAAACUCCCAGAUUUGUGCCCAUCACACCCCUAAUGCUUUCUUUUUUCCUUUAUUGCCAAUCUUUGAACUCAUUCAAUUCCAGGACAUGGAAGAGGCCUCUCUGUGCCCUUUGACUGGAAAGGUCAGGUUUUAUUCUGGUGUCUUGGGGAAGCUUUAUUAAAUUUUUGUUAAUGUGGGUAUAUCUUGACUGUUUAAUUCAGCCACUUCCCUGCAUACACAAGAGAGGGCAAAGGGUCCUGUCUGCUGCUUUGUUUCUUCUAAGUAGGCAUUGAGAUCAUUCCUGUCGGCUUCCUAUUUUCACUUGACUGCUCUAACGCUGCUAGGUUUAGCACACUAGGUGGUAUGCCUUUAUUAGCAUAAGAAAAAACUUAACAGGAGCUUUUACAUAUUAUUGGGGAGGGGGUGGUAAGGGCUGGGCGGGCAGCUGCUGAACCAUUGGUGGCAUUUCCUCUAGAGUGGCUCUUGCAGUGGUUACUGGUACAGAUUUAAGUACCUUAAAGCUCUGGUAUUAACAUUUUAGGGAAAUGUUAGGCUCAGAACUAAGGUGUUUGGGGUGGGUUUUUGCCUAGCGGUGGGGAGGGUGGUCUUUUGAUUUUUAUUUUUGAGUUUUUCUGCUUGGGGGUACUACAUAAGAUGAACUUUUUUUUACAAUACUUCGAUUUGGCAGGUUUUCUUCUUUUGGUCUGCCUGGAACUGUUUCCAUAUUAUAUAAAAAACAAGUAUAGUAUUCCAUUACUAUGUGGCUUAGGGACUUGUUUUUUAAAAAUCAACCAUGUUAUCUGGGACUAGACUCCUUAGAAAUCUAUCAAUGGAAAAGUAACAUUUAAAAAAUGCUUUUAGAAAUUCAAAUUACAGAUAAAAAAAUGUGCUUAAGAGCUGGUAUUUUCUAAGUACGUUUGUUUAUACCAGAAGCGUUAAGGUAACCUGGUGCCAAGUACCAUUUUUGCAAAUUAUUCUUUUAUAAGCAACUGACCAGUGCUUAUUUAAUAAAAACAGGUAGCUACAUAUAAAUAAUUACUGGCAGUAGGUUAUAAUUGUUGGGUUAAAAAUAACAUUGAAAUAUGGGACUUGUUGCCAGUUGAGUAAUUUUCAUUAUUUUUUUGUUUUGAUUUGAAACCUGGAAGUGGAAUGAAAUUUGACUAUUUAAAAUGUUGCCUCCCCCCC